AUGGGGUUCACUAAUGUGGCUGCUCUUAGGCGUAUCUCGGAGGAAGUAAGAGGAUCGUUUCUAGACAAAUCUGAUGUGACAGAUCGCGUUAUCUCUGUCGUCAAAAACUUUCAAAGAGUCGAUCCCUCUAAGGUAACAGCAAAAGCCCAUUUUCAUAAUGAUCUCGGGUUAGACAGUUUGGACAGUGUGGAAGUUGUGAUGGCAUUGGAGGAAGAGUUUGGAUUUGAGAUCCCUGAUAAUGAUGCUGAUAAGAUCCAGUCCGUUGAUCUUGCUGUUGACUUUAUCGCUUCUCAUCCUCUGGCUACGUAA